GAGAAGAAAUUGUCUAUGAAAUAUUAGACCAUAACCUACAAUAAUCAAAUAUAAUAUUAAUAAAUAAUAUAGUAUGAUUCCAUCAAAUAUCUAAAUGAAAAUGCACCUAAGACGUUUAUUAUCACUAAAUAAGUCAUUAAUCGAUAGAAGAUAUUUUCAUAGGGCUUCAAAUUUGUGUGAAAGAAAACCAGAAAAUCCCAUUUGGAGAACAUUGCGAAUAUUAGGUGAAGAUUUACAGUUCAAACGACGAGCACCUAAAACACCAGAGGAACAUGUGAAACUAUUGAAUAGACAGUUUCCUAGACAUGCUGAUGUCGUAAUUAUAGGAGGAGGCGCUAUUGGUAGUUCUAUCGCUUAUUGGUUAAAAUAUAAAACAAACUAUGAUGGAAUACAUGUAGUGGUGUUAGAUAAAGAUACAACGUUUAAAAAAUGCUCGACAGCAAUAUCUAUGGGUGCAUUAACACAACAGUAUUCUUUACCAGAAAAUAUACAACUAGCUACAUAUGGGGCUGAAUUUUUGAGGAACAGUAAAAGAACAUUUGGUGAUGAAAUUAAUAUAAAUUUCGACCCUGCGGGUUAUUUGUUGUUAGCUAGUGAAGAUGGUGCUUCACAAUUAGAAGAUAAUAUUAAAUUACAAAAUGAAUAUGGAACAAUAAAUAUUUUGCUCAGUCCUCAACAAAUUAAAAAAAGAUUUCCUUAUUUAGAUGUGACAGAUGUUGCUAUUGGAUGUUUGGGUUUAGAACGAGAGGGAUGGUUCAAUGCUUGGGAUAUGUUAACACUUAUAAGAAGUAAUGCUAUUAAAUUAGGAGCUCAAUAUAUCAACGCCGAAGCUAUAGAAUUUUUGUUUGAAGAAAAAAAAGACAUUAUGGUAGAAGGUGUAGAAGGAUAUUAUCAAGGUACAAAUCAAAUUGUGGUGAAACUUCCGAAUGAAGAAGAUUAUAGAACAAUAGAAUUUGCUUAUUGUAUUAUAGCUGCUGGGCACGAAUCAACUGAGGUAUCAAAAUUAGCAGGGAUAGGAAUUAAACCAGGGAUGUUAUCAAUUCCAUUGCCAAUAGAAAAGAGGCAGAGGUAUGUUUAUUCUUUUGACUGUAAAGAACACGUACCAAGUAUUAACACCCCCAUGAUAGAAGAUUAUUCUGGAAUAUACUUCAGAAGGGAAGGUCUAGCUGGCACAUUUCUUGUAGGUGCUUCACCUCAUCCUGAUUUUACACCUCCCAGUGAUACUGAAGAAGACAAAAGUAAAUUUUUUAAUGAGAUGGUAUUACCUUGUUUGUCAAGAAGAGUUCCAGCAUUUAAAGAUGUUCAGGUAACAGGGACUUGGAGUGGACCCUAUGAUUACAACGUUUUUGACGGAAAUGGCAUAGUAGGACCUCAUCCUUAUUACAUCAAUAUGUAUUUAGCUACAGGAUUUAGUAACCAAGGUAUCCAACAAGCCCCUGGUGUUGGACGAGCUGUAGCAGAAAUGAUCGUCGAUGGAGGCUUUAAAACAAUCGAUCUUACUAGAUUAGGAUUCGAUAGAUUAAUAGUGGAUAAACCAAUGUAUCAAUUGCGAAUUGCUUAGCGUUAUUAAUAUUAGUUUGUUAUUGUAAAUAUUAUUUAAGCAAAGAACAAUUUUUUAUAAACUAAAUAAGGUAAUAUAACUUAUUACUUGAAA